CGCGAUCGCCAGUCCGCCGUGGGCACAUCAUCGCAAAAGAGCUUGCCAGAAAGACCUGCGGCUUAUUCGAAGGCGCUCAAGCUCCCACACAGCCCAUAUACUGGAGCAAGCGACCGAGUCCCAACUGACACAAUCAAGAGCGCUUUCACGGAAAGCAGCGGCGACCAUGAAGGUCACGAACCAGGGCGAUGUCGCCGUCUACACAAUCGCCGGCGCAUCUACGUCGAGACCGCUGCCCGACUGGCUCGCCCGGCGGAGGAAGCGCAGUCUGAAGAACGACCCAGAGUACCAAAACCGCGUCGAGCUGCUGCAGGACUUUGAGUUUGAGGAGGCCAGCCAGUGCAUCCGCAUCUCCGAGGAUGGCGACUGGAUCAUGUCGACGGGCACGUACAAGCCGCAGAUGCACGUGCACUACACGCCGCACCUGUCGCUCUCUUACGCCCGGCACACCAAUGCCCUUAACACCUCCUUCCAGCUCCUCUCCGCCGACUGCUCGAAAUCGCUACACCUCCAGUCAGACCGAAGCAUAGAGAUGCACAACCCGGGCGGAUGUCACUACAAGCUGCGCCUGCCACGAUACGGACGCGACCUCGUGUACGAUCGGCACUCGGCCGAGGCUCUGAUCCCUUCAGUCGGCCUGGACGCCGACGGCAGCGGAGAGGUCUUCCGCCUCAAUCUCGAAGUCGGCAGAUUCAUGAAAUCAUACUCGGUCGACGUCGGCAAGGAUGACGGCGUUGACGUUGGCGGCCUGCAAGGCAGCAUCGGGGUGGGCGCGGUCAACUGCGGCACGAUCGCCGAGAGGAGCCACAACCUGCUCGCGUUCGGCACGUCAAUAGGGACAAUAGAGUGCUGGGAUCCUCGGUCAAAGUCAAGAGUCGCCAUCUUGGGAGGGCAAGAAGGGGAGAUCACCGCCCUGGACUUCAACCCGUCGGGAUUGUCGCUGGCCACGGGUACCUCCCAAGGCCUGAUCAAGAUCUUUGAUCUGCGCAGUCCGGUGCCACUGUUGACCAAGGACCACGGUGCGGGCUACGCAGUCAAGAACCUCAUCCACCUGACGACGGCGUCACAAGAGAAGAAGGUCCUCUCUGCGGACAAGCAGAUGAUCAAGCUAUGGGACGAGCACGACGGCGAGACAUGGACUUCAGUAGAGCCACUCGUCGACAUCAACGACGUGGCAUGGUGCAAGAACAGCGGCAUGAUCAUGACGGCCAACGAGGGCAAGCAGCAGCACGCCUUCUUCAUCCCGCAGCUGGGCCCGGCCCCGCGCUGGUGCGGCUUCCUCGACAACAUGGUCGAGGAGAUGGCCGAGGAGGUGCGCACGGAGACGUACGACAACUACAAGUUCCUCACGCUCGCGGAGCUCAAGGCGCUCAGCAUGGACCACCUCAUUGGCAAGACAAACCUGCUGCGGCCGUACAUGCACGGCUUCUUCGUGGCCUCCAAGCUGUACGAGCAGGCCAGCCUCAUCGCCAACCCGUACGCCUGGGAGGAGGAGCGCGCGAAGCGCGUCAAGGAGAAGAUUGAGAAGGAGCGCUCCAGCCGCAUCCGCGGCGCCAAGAAGAAGGUCAAGGUCAACCAGAAGCUUGUCGACAAGCUGCUCAAGAAGCAGGAGAAGCGCGCCGUGGUGGAUGACAAGGCCGGCCUCUUUGGCGACGACCGUUUCGGCCGCCUGUUCGAGGACGAGGAGUUCCGCGUCGAUGAGACGAGCCGCGAGUUCCAGGUGCUCAAUCCCAGUACGAGGGUCGACGCUGAGACAGGCCGGAACAUCCUACCGCCUCAAGAUACUUCUGAUGAGGAUGAUGGCUCAGACGAUGACGACGAGAGCAUGGACGACGCCGGGAGCGAAGCCGAAGCAGCACCCAAGAAGAACAAGAAGGCAGCAAGCACCAAGAGCGACGGCAUUACAAUGCAGGUAUCCUCCUCGGCGAACCGCGGAGAUCGCCAUGCCAAGGACACGGCGCUCGGCUCGCGAGCCCAGAAGCCGGGCCGCGCGAACAAACAAAAGGGCGACAUUGUCGGUGAGCGGUCCGUCACGUUCCUCCCCGAGCCCAAGCCGAAGAAGUCGCGCCAGCAGCAACAAAACGACGAUGCGGACAGUGGCGAUGACGCCCAGGCGCCGGCCAACGACAGGCGCUUCAAGGACAAGCAGAGGCGCAGCGCGAGUGGAAACACGUUCCGCCGGUAUUAAGGGGCAUGAAGGAGGGAGAUCAGGGGGCUUGUCCGGUGUCAAUUGCGUGCGCGCGCGCGCGGCCCAGCCCUCGUGCUACUGGUUGGCGCAUCAGUGUGCUCAUUGCACUGCUUCUGGUUAUCGUGACCCCUUCUAUCUGAGGGAUAGGUCUAGUUGGAGAAGAUUUUGUACAUAGCAUACAAUUCAUCAGCACGGCGUUUUGUGGGAUAAGAGAUCAUCAAAAUCAUCAUUACCAUUGCUUUGGUCAUCAUCACUAC